AUGAUCGGGUGCCGGAGGUGUGCCCCACUUCAGAACCUUUCCGGGCCUUCGCUGGCGCCCGGGUGGGGCCUGAUAGAGGGCGAUUUCGGGAGCAUCGAGGCCGGACCUUCGCCCUACGUUCCGCUCUGCAACGAGGACGUCGUCUUGAGGAGAUGCCGCGGCUUAAGCCGCCUGUUCUUGCUCGUUUAG